AGAGAAAAGAGCCUAUUUCUAGGAGAAACCAAAGUGGAACACCGAGUCGACAUUGGAGUUGAGUAGAUUGGAUGAGAGCAGAAAAUACAAUGCCUCAAAAUUGUUGCCGCUAUCACCGUAGCGAUGGUGCUGCUUUGACGAGAACGAUUCUGAAAUGUUCAUUUUCCCUUCUAUUGCUAUCUCCAAUACUCCCUAUGAAAUCGACUGGCGCGACAGCCUUUGUUCAACGCAGCAACAUCGGCUCAACAAAGAUAGCAAUCGAACUCAGCAUCUACAAUAAUCUCCAGCGGAUGCAGCCCCGAGCCAUCCUUUCAGGGACAACACGAACGAAGAUAACAUCCCUUCGAAUGGCUUCCAAACCGAAAGGCAGGAAAAAGAAAUCCAAAAAGAAAAAGAGCAAUGGGGGAGGAAAAGGAUUCGGUGGAGGCGGAGCGGCUUCCGCUGCGCAACAAGGGAGUGAUGCCUUCGUCGCCAAGCCGAUCAAGGCCGACAAGAACGCCCUGGAAACCCAGUGGGACACAUUUGCGUCCAUCACCGACCUAGAGAUCAAGUGCAAGUGCGAUCCAGACAGCGACGACUGUGAGUUUUUCGAAGUGGUCGACGUCCACGUCCGGUACGGCAGUGACGGUACAGGAGACGCUACCACGGGUUGGUUCCGCAUCGGCAAGGUCUGUACGUCCGCGAAUACGUCGAUAACUGCCGCCCUUGCGCUCCAAAAGGGGCUGAUCCUGUGGACGGCCGUCCACAUGCGCAGGGAGCUCCUGGCAAAGGGAGGAAAGGCUGGAGCCCGGUCGUUGGAGCUGGGAUGGACAUCACCGGCGAUAAUCUACAUGGGAACGGAGACUGACGGACCCCUCGAGCAGGACGAAGUCGAAACCCAUUUAAACGUACUGGCGGGGAAGCCCAGCCCUUCGUUGCUCUCGGAGGUGAAACCCGGGUCGUUUGGCUUUCGCCCUGAUUGGAACCCAGAAGGAUUUACGUACAAGCGACGGGAAAAAGCAGCCCUGAAGGACAAGAAGAAAAAAUCGGGUCUGGAGGAACUACUCAUCGAUGAAUAAUAUUGUACGUAACAGCUAGAGGAGCCAGAGGUUUUAGUGCAUACAUAAUGCACAAUGAAUGCGUCGCGGUAAAUAAAAGACAAUUUACAAUGAUUAAAAUCAAAACAGAACGAAGAGUAUUAUAUAUCCCCUUAUUGGAGCAGGGCCCUUAUGGGACCUUAAUCGCCUUUUUUCAGAGGGUUGUGGGGGACCAAAAUCAAUUUACAGACCAAAC